CUUAACAAAUUUAGGUUAUUUACUUUCUCAAAUAAGAGAAAGGAAAAAACAAAUCUUCCUUCUCCCACCAUUUCUCGAAAACGUUCUUCUCCGAAGCAGAGUGUGCGAGUGGCUCAAGAGCUUGAAGAAUUUGAAGCCAUGUCAUCUAGUGGCUUCCGAUUGCUCACUACAGAAUCCUCAAUUCUUUCCCAUUCUCCCAAAACUUUCUUCAUCCCCUUCAAUUCCCACAAUUUCCCUUUUCUUCGAUCCAUUUCUUUCCAAAGAUUACCCUCCAAAUCCCCCUCUUCACUCUCCGUCUCUGCUUCCGCCGCCUCCUCCAAGCCUCUGCAACCCAUUGAACAACUCCCUCCCAAGCUUCAAGAUAUCGUCAAGCUCUUCCAAUCGGUUCAGGAUUCCAGGGCCAAGUACGAGCAGCUCAUGUUCUAUGGCAAAAACCUCAAACCCCUUCACCCCCAAUUCAAAAACAACUCCAACAAGGUCGAGGGUUGCGUUUCUCAGGUCUGGGUCAGAGCUUAUUUGGAUUCCGAUAAGAACGUUGUUUACGAGGCCGAUUCCGACUCUGUUCUAACCAAGGGCCUUGCCGCUCUGCUCGUUCAAGGCCUUUCCAAUCGUCCUGUGGAUGAGAUUCUUAGGGUUUCUCCUGAUUUCGUUGUUCUUCUUGGCCUUCAACAGAGCCUUACGCCUUCUAGGAAUAAUGGGUUUCUGAAUAUGUUGAAGUUGAUGCAGAAGAAGGCGCUUGCGUUGCUUGUGGAAUCUGAAAAAGGUAAUGGCAGUGCGGUUUCAUCGUCACAAACAGAUGAUUCUGCUGAGAAAGUAAAACCAGAAUCUAAUACUGAGAAAUCUGUUGUGGAUUCGAAGUUGGGGGAUAAAGGAAGUCAAAGUUCUGAUGUAUUAGGAAGUAGAGGGAAGAGAAUAAAGGAGAUAUUGGAGAGAGAGCUAAAUCCGGUGGAAUUGUAUGUUGAAGACAUCUCUUAUCAACAUGCAGGGCAUGCUGGGGUAAGGGGUAAUGAUGGAGAAACUCACUUUAAUUUGAAGGUUGUCUCAAAGGAGUUUGAAGGGAAAAGUUUAGUGAAGAGGCACAGGCUCGUUUAUAAUCUGUUGCAAGAUGAGUUGCAGAGUGGACUCCACGCCUUAUCCAUCUCAGCAAAGACACCUGAUGAAAUCUGAAGCCAAUCUGUCAUAUCUCACUUCAAAGAGGUUUUCCUUCAAUUUUAUCUGUUCUUAAGUUCUAUUUUGUGGCUGAGGAGUAUUUAUGUUACCAUUGUCAUAAUGUUCGGCUUAGAUCUUGAAGUUUUAGUGUUAAUGGAUCUGUAAAAUAUUCUUGUUUUAUGGAUUAUCAUUAUGAUAGAAAAAGAAAGAUAAAGAUCUGAGGGCCUUUUGUAAUAUGAAGAACAAAACACAUAAUUUACCAAUGAAAUUUGUGAUUGACUCAUUUCAUAGGCACAAAACUAAUAUAAUGUAUUCGUCUA